AUGUCCAGUCAGGUUAAUGGGCCGUCCAGCCCAACUGGCAAAUUUAUUGAUACUAUAGAUCCAGAUGAUCCUGAAUAUCAGAGACAGUUACGUCGACCAGCCGAGGUGAAAGAAGACAUGAAACAAAUGGAGGGGCGUAGUCGAGUUCAGGUUGUACUCAAUAGUGAAACAUUUCGAGAAGAGUUAGAGCGGAUCGUAGAAGAACAGAUAUUAUCUGGUCCCCACCCAGCUAGUUUGAUUGCGUUACAACAGAUAUCGGAACUCUUAUUACCGGGAGGAAAGUUAGGUAGCAGAGGAUUUGCUAAAGGUCCAAUCAUUCCUAUAAGUGACAUUCGUGGUGUAGAAUCUACGGGAUAUAGUAAAGCUGAGAAAGUGUUACGAUGUAAAUUGGCUAGUUUAUAUAGGUUAAUUGAUAUGCAUGGAUGGACUAGCGGUAUUUACAAUCAUAUUAGUGCUAGAGUCAGUCAAGAACAGGAACAUUUUCUACUCAAUCCAUUUGGAACAUUAUAUUCAGAAGUGUCAGCUUCAUCUCUUGUCAAAGUUGAUAUGCAAGGGGAGGUAAUCGAUGCUGGCAGUACUAAUUUUGGAAUCAAUAAAGCUGGGUUCAUUCUUCACUCUGCAAUCCAUCAAGCAAGACCUGAUAUAAAAUGUAUCAUUCAUAUUCAUACACCAGAAGCUAUUGCUGUAUCAGUAAUGAAAUGUGGAUUAUUGCCCUUGUCACAGGAAGGUAUGAUAUGUGGUGAAGUCAGCUACCAUGAUUUUAACGGGAUCCUUGUAGAUCAAGAAGAAAGAGACAAAUUAUCAAGAAACUUAGGACCAACAAAUAAGGUGAUGUUUUUAAGAAACCAUGGAUUAGUAGCGUGUGGAGCUACAAUAGAAGAAGCCUACCACCUUUGUACCAAUGUUAUGUAUGCCUGUUCAGUACAGAUAAGUUGUAUGUCAGCUGGUCUAGAGAAUUUGAUACAAGCUGAUUCGGAGGCUGGACGUAAAGCUUUCGUAGUGGGCAACCAAGGUGGUGGAGGUGUCAGCUCUACUGGUAGAAAAUGGAGAGUUGGAGAAUUAGAAUUUGAAGCUAUGAUGAGACAACUUGAUAAUGCUGGAUUUAGAACGGGACAUGUUUAUAAACAACCAUUAAUAAGACAAGAUAAGAAAGAUAAGUCUAACAGUGAAGUAGAAAUACCACCCUCAGCCAGUUCCUUUACGACAUCCUUUAAUGAUGAAGACAGUAGAUUUAUGUCACCAGUAAAAAGAGAGAAAAAUAAGUUGGCAUAUAAAGCAGGCUGGUUGACCUCACCCAAUACCUAUGCUAAACAAGAGAUUGAAGAAGUCGGUACCACAAACCCUAAAAAAAUAACCAAGUGGGUACCUGAUGGACAAGUUAGUACUAGUACACCAAUAAAAUUAGACAAUCCUAAUCAAUUUGCUCCCCAGGGAGAAAAUCCUAAAGAGUUCCGAGAUAAGCAGAGAGCACUACGUAAAGAUUACUAUACUGAUGCUAUAUCAGCUGGUCCACAGUCUAAAAUAUUGGAGGGUGUUUCUUGGGAUGAGGCUCAGAAGAUUAAUGAGGGCUCAUUGAGUGGAACAGCAGAUAAUGUUAUUGUAGUAGGGGCUGCUAGUAAGGGUAUUAUUCAGAGAGAUCACCAACAUAAUGCUGUGGUUUAUAAAUCACGUUAUGCUGCCAAUCCUUUCGAGAAUGUAACAUCUGAUGAGCUAGAACGAUAUGAAAAGGAAGUUGAUAGAAAAGCUAAGGGACUGCCAAGUAAGUUUUGUUUUCUUAAAUCAUUUAGUGUCUUAGUGAGUAAGAAGCCUACUCCCUUACCUGAAGGUCAAGGGUUCAAUUCCUUUUGGAUUUGUGACGAGAAACCAAGCUCACCAGCCAAGUCUGAUACAUUACGUUCAACUGAUAGUGCUAGCGGUGGAGAAACACUGGAAGAUAGAUCCAGUAAAGAGGGCUCACCAACUAAAGAACAAGCUUCCCCAACAAAAGAAAAGGAAAAGAAAAAGAAGAAGAAAUUUCGAAUGCCGAGUUUUAACAAAACCAAGAAAAACAAGGAGGCGAAAGAAAGUGCGAUUUGA